CAAUAGCAAUCAUUUGUAUUUUGUAGAAAUUACAGCAACACAUGGAAAGCAAUGUACAGCUCAAAACAUGUUUGUCUCCAAAAGUUCAUUUUUUAAUCACAAAAGCUGGAGGAAAUAGAGAUGAUUUGAAAAUUGUGGGGGCUUCUUGGUGCAUUACACUAGAUGGCUUUAUUAUUUGGGAUAAAGCUUGCAUUUGCCUACCAGAAACAUCCCCAUCAGACGACUAUGAUUACUUUGUGGCUUGUGUCCAGUCUCUGUCACUGGUAUUCUUGGAAGCAGAGGAAGUAUUGCACACCAAUCACUGGCAGGAAAUCUGGAUCAAACAUAAGCCUUACCUUAGCUGGAUAACAGAGGCUCACCAACAGGUUAUAGAAGAUUCACUUAAGUUUUUAACAUCUUCAAACGAAUCCCAUCACAUCCUGGGUUUACAGCUGGUUUCCUCUGUUUUAGAGAGAGCUUUGGGUGAUGUUUUUGAGGAUGUAAGUUCCAUGCAGUGUCCCUCUCUCCUUAAAGACAUUCUGAAUUCAGGGGAAAUAACUCAGGUGUUUGGAACAAAUGUGAUCCAAAUUUUACGGGUUUUGAUUGGUCCCCCGACAUCUCUUAACCUGAGAAAUAUUGUCUGGCAUGGAUUUCCAAAUGUUGGGGAGAUACCAAAGAGAUAUGGAUGUUUCUUGUAUUUCACCCUGCCCAGUUUGGGAAAACUCCUGGAAGAAAGGGGUAAACACUUAAAGGUCCAUAGACAGCUGAUGCAAUUCAAAUUAAAUGGGAAUUUCACCUCAGAUAUUCCAGAUGUGAGGAAAAAAGUGCCCAUGGUGAGAGAGUUUGUGGAGUUAACUCAAGGCAUUCAUAGUCGCCAGCAUCUGAUAUUGAAUUCCUUAGAGUUAUUGGCUGAAAAACAAUAUUCCUAUGCCACCAUCUUGUUGUUCCCCCAACUGGAGCAUGUGCUAAGACUGGUAUUUACCAAAGAAAAUGGCUGCUCAGAGAGACUUCUCACAGCAGAGUCCACUACACUCUAUACCACAUUUGAUGAGAUUUUUGACAGGGAUUUACCAAACAAAGAAAGGAACAAACUUCCAGAGAUGCUUGGAGAAAAUCUCAUGGACCUGCUAUUUGACCUUUUAGUUUACCCUGAGGGCCCCAGGGUCAGAGACAAAGUCAGUCAUGGAGAGGUUCUCCUGCAGGAUUUCCCAGAAUCCUUAGCGGAGGCUGUUCUGGUUGCCAUGGUGCUUUUAAUUUUGAAGUGCUCCAAAAGUGCAGACAUUCAUAAGGUACAUGUAUAUCAGAAUGGGUUACUGGAAGAACUGACAGAUUUUGAGUCACAGUACUGCUCUGUUUUCCACCCUAUAUCAAUCAUCAAACAAAAGAUUGUAGAAAGUGUGAAUAUUACUGCUUCUUUCCCUGAUGUCUUGAAGUAUGAAGAAACAUUGACUCUAAGAGACCAUCGACAACCAUUUCAGUUGUACCUUGCAGAGGACAGAAGGGUAUAUGAUGAAGUACAGGGUGUCACAAAAGACAUUGUUUUGUGUGUCUGUGAGAACUGGUGUUUUCCUCACUCUGCAGAAGAUAUAAAUAAAAGUCUGUUUCAGAUGUUCAGUGAUGGGAGACCCCUAGUCAGGGCCCUGAUGAGGGAGAGGCUGUCGACACUCUACAGACUUCAGGCCAAAGAUACGAGAGUUGAGGGAGGGGGGCGUGGGGAGGCUGAAAUAGUGGGUCUAUUGUCCCGAGUUCUUUCGGAGUUACAUACAGUCCUACAACAGGUUUUUGACUCCCUUAGAACCAAACAGGAACUGCUGGGAAGGAAAGACCUCAGAUCAAGACAGAGGCAGAAUCUUAGGUCUCUUAUAACAAGUUGCCCAUUUUUUCACCACUGUGCCCACAUGAUUCUACUGAUCUGCACUUGGAAGCUGUAUACCCUUAGUACUCACACAGGGUCAAAGGUCAUCAGGUUUUUAAAGCUUCUACUACAGUUUGUUGAAAAUCUGAGAACAUUCACCAGACCGGAAAAAAACAAAUGGAUCGAAAGCAGAAUCUUAUACUGCGAGUUUAUACAAAAGAUCAAAGACACUAUAAUAGCACUCAAUGAAGCACCUGAAUCUGAGAAAAACUUAGGGGAGGUUACAGAUUAGUUGUCAGAUGAUAAGAAAUGAUGAAGAACGUAUCUUCUUCGUUGGAGGGUCCCCCUAGUCACAGUGCCCACAAUUUUAC